AAAUACCUGCAUAAGACUUGCCGGCUUUGGAAUAUUCGAAUCAUUUCCAAAGUUUUUGUUGUGCGAAUCCAAGUGAAAUAUGAUUUUUGAAAUUUUCUUCGCGUUUGUGUUGGUUGUGUGCGAUGCCAAACCUGGUUAUUCCGGUUCAUCAAAUGCCGAAAAUGAAUUAGGCCAUGGAACAAACACAGCAGGUGCAGGAGGAAACGCAUACGGUUACUCCGGAAGUUUUUCUGGAGAUGGGGGCUUUCCUGCGGGAAAUAUUCCCUCUUUUGUGCCUUUUAUUCCGCAAUUUGACUUUUCCUCGUUUUUCGAUCAGCUGAACAGGCAACAUCAGGAAUUCAUUCAACAUUACGGUGGUGGUGUAGUUUCCUAUAGCCACGCUUCUUCUGGACCUGGUUCUUCUGCCCAGGCACAAUCAUCUAUUGUGUUUGAUAGCAUGCCUACCACAGGGAUACAGUCACUUGCUCAGGCACAAGCGCAAGCUGGAUCCUCGGCCGGAACAGGAAAUGUUGGCUCAGGUUAUCAAGGAAGUCAAGGACCAGCUGCAAGCGGUGCUGGCUACGGAAGCGGAAUUGACUUAGGAAAUAGAGGAGGAUUUGUGGGCGGCUAUGGAGGCGGAUUUGGCGGUCCUGAUGGGAACAGCUUCUCCUUCUCAGGCCCUCUUGGAGAUAGCGGAUCGGCAAUAGCGAGCGGCUCCAUCGGACCGACCGGAGUUCAUCAAACUGCAUCAGUUUUCCCAGAAAAUCCGAAUGCGCCUAAUGUCAAUACACGCUUUGGGGGAGAAUCAUCAGGAGGAGACGGUGGAGGAUUCAAGAGUGUCUUCACUUCCAGCAAAAGUGUCAGUUCCAAUGUGGAUGGGAAGCCCCAAACUUUUCGUCAGGCCUCCACCACUGUGAAUGAUAAUGGAAAAGUCACCACCUAUACAGCUCACAAUCCUUAGGUUGUGAAUAAUCAUGAUAAAAAUUAGUUCUACUCGUAUUUUGGUUUCAAUGCUGGGUUCUUUUUGAAGAAGUGUUCUGGAACCGUAUUUUCUAGUUUUGUUAUUUUAUUUGCAAUAAAACCUCUAGAAAACUGA